GUGGGCGGGCAACUAAUGGGAGGAGGAGCUGGCACCAGUGGGCUGAGUUGUGGGAUUCCAUAUAAACCCGGGCAGCGCUGUUUACCAGAACUUUCCGCCGGCUUCGCCAAUACCAUGGCUGUCACCCUCAACAACGGAUGUCGCAUGCCCAACAUCGGGCUGGGCACCUGGAAAUCUGAGCCAGGUAAAGUGACAGUGGCAGUGGAAAAAGCCAUUGACAUUGGAUAUCGUCACAUCGAUGGUGCAUUUGUAUAUGAAAAUGAGAAAGAAGUUGGUGAAGCUAUUGCUCAGAAAAUUAAGGAUGGAAUUGUAAAACGUGAAGACCUUUUCAUUGUUAGCAAGCUGUGGUGCACCUUUCAUGCAAAGGAUCAGGUAAAGAACGCCUGUGCUAAAACCCUAAAUGACCUAAACCUGGAAUAUCUGGAUCUGUACCUUAUUCACUGGCCUAUGGGAUUCAAGGCUGGUCAGGUGAACCUUCCUCUUGAUGAGAACGACAUGAUCAUACCAAGCAAUACAGAUUUUGUUGACACUUGGGAAGCAAUGGAAGAUCUAGUUGCCAAUAAAAAGGUUAAAGCUAUAGGGGUGUCCAACUUUAAUAGUGAGCAGAUUACGAGUAUCCUAAAUAAACCGGGUCUAAAGAUCAAACCAGCUGUCAACCAGAUUGAAUGCCACCCAUAUCUGACUCAAGAAGAUCUGAUCUCCUAUUGCAAAUCUAAAGAUAUUGCUGUGACAGCCUAUAGUCCACUGGGAUCUCCAGAUAGACCAUGGGCAAAGCCAGAUGAACCCAAUCUCCUUGCAGAUCCUAAGAUACUGGAAAUAGCAAAACGUCAUGGAAAAUCAUCGGCACAACUGUUGAUCCGGUUCCAGAUUCAAAGAGGGCUAAUUGUAAUUCCAAAGUCUGUCACCCCAAAUCGGAUUAAGGAAAACUUUCAGGUGUUUGACUUUCAGUUAAGUGAUGCAGAGAUGAAGACCAUCCUCUCCUUUAACAGGAACUGGCGAUGUUGUUCAAUGCCUUGGUGUGUUAACCACAAGAACUAUCCAUUCAAGUUAACUAAGUAAACUGUGCUUCAAGUGGAACAAGCUAUUCAUCUAGCAGAAAACUUGUGGUGCUCUGUCUGUAAACUUGAACAGCUAAUAUUUGAACCUUGAACCUAAUAUUUAAAAAAAAAACCUUUAUACGUUUUACUGUCUGGUGACAUACUUUUGUAACCAUGAUGCAAAUAAACAUUCUAGAGAAGGGUAAUUUUCCACUUGUGCUGGGAUGCCUCUAUCUUCUUUCUGUGCAAAACCAGAUCAACAAGUUCUUGGCACCAGUUUGGAAAAAAUGCCUGUUUUCUUAUUUUAACCAUU